GGGAGAACCCGGAAGCGACUCUGGUUUGUUGUUUGCUUGCUGCCCGGUCGUUCCGCCGCCGCCAUGGGGAAGACGGACUUCCUGAGCCCCAAGGCCAUCGCCAACCGCAUCAAGUCGAAGGGGCUGCAGAAGCUGCGCUGGUACUGCCAGAUGUGCCAGAAGCAGUGCAGGGAUGAGGUGAGAGAGGAAGGGAUUUUUUUGGGGGGGUGGAAGGGUGCCCAGUAGAGCUUCCAGAGCCAGGCGCAACAUAUCUGUUUCGUGUUUUAUCACCAUCGCCAUCCUUAUUUUUAUUUUUAUUUUAUUUACCGCCCUUUGCCAAAUACCCCAGGGCGGUUCACAACAGAAAAAAGAAAAUACAAAGCGAGAACGCAAAAUACAGUGGUACCUCGGGUUAUAUACGCUUCAGGUUACAGACUCUGCUAACCCAGAAAUAGUGCUUCAGGUUAAGAACUUUGCUUCAGGAUGAGGACCGAAAUUGUGCGGCGGCAGCGGGAGGCCCCAUUAGCUAAAGUGGUGCCUCAGGUUAAGAACAGUUUCAGGUUAAGAACGGACGUCCAGAAUGAAUUAAGUACGUAACCAGAGCUACCACUGUACAUAACAAAUGCAGAAACGAAAACAAAGCAUUAAUAUCCCCGUUGUUGUUGUUUAGUCGUGUCCGACUCUUCGUGACCCCCUGGACCAGAGCAUGCCAGGCACUCCUGUCUUCCACCUCCUCCCACAGUUUGGUCAAACUCAUGCUGGUAGCUUCGAGAACACUGUCCAACCAUCUCGUUCUCUGUUGUCCCCUUCUCCUUGUGCCCUCCAUCUUUCCCCACAUCAGGGUCUUUUCCAGGGAGUCUUCUCUUCUCAUGAGGUGGCCAAAGUAUUGGAGCCUCAGCUUCAGGAUCUGUCCUUCCAGUGAGCACUCAGGGCUGGUUUCCUUCAGAAUGGAUAGGUUGGCUCUUCUUGCAGUCCAUGGGACUCUCAAGAGUCUCCUCCAGCACCAGAAUUCAAAAGCAUCAAUUCUUCAGCGCUCAGCCUUCUUUAUGGUCCAGCUCUCACUUCCAUACAUCACUACUGGGAGAACCAUAGCUUUAACUAUACGGACCUUUGUUGGCAAGGUGAUGUCACUGCUUUUGAAAAUGUUAUUAUUAUUAUUUUAUUUGCCCCCCUUUGCCCGAAUAUCCCAGGGCGGUUCACAACAGAAAAAAAGAAAAUACAAAGCGCGAACGCAAAAUACAUAACAAUAGCAGAAACGAAAACGAAGCAUUCGUAUCCCCACCCACCCACAAACAUUUGAAAAGCCUCAGAAUUCAAAAAGCAUCUGACCGACAGGCGAAGCUUUGCAGGUAUGUUGCCCCUGCACGUGGGGGCUCUGCUUGACAUUAAUGGCUCAUCACCUUUGCAAGAAAGGACUCUUGUGUAUCUUCUGGAGUUGUUCUCAAGUAAGAUAUGCUUUGGAAAUCCGCUCAGGUUAAAUAUCUCUGAUAAUUUAGGAUACCGUGCACCCUUGGAACAUAUAACAUUAUGGCCUUUGACUAAUUAAAUAACCUACAGCCUUUUAAACUGUAUCUGUGAAGGCAGAGGUUAUUGUUUUUGUUACUAUAGUGUGUAUUUUUGUGUCUUACAUUUUAAACUACCCUGUGAUAUUUGGAUGAAGGGCAGUAUAGACCUUUAAUAAAUAUGCUAUAAUAAUGACAUCCUGUGAACCGCCCUGAGACCCCCAAGUUUAGGGUGGUAUAUAAAUUCAAUUACAGUGGUACCUCAGGUUACAUACGCUUCAUGUUACAUAUGCUUCAGGUUACAGACUCUGCUAACCCAGAAAUAGUGCUUCAGGUUAAGAACUUUGCUUCAGGAUGAGAACAGAAAUCGUGCUCCAGCGGCGCGGCGGCAGCAGGAGGCCCCAUUAGCUAAAGUGGUGCUUCAGGUUAAGAACAGUUUCAGGUUAAGUACGGACCUUUGGAACGAAUUAAGUACUUAACCCGAGGUACCACUGUACUGUAGUAGUAGUAGUAAUAACAACAUAAAAUAUUUGUGUCUGGGUACUUAAGCCGUAAGCAACGUCCUUCCAGAAAAUGAUCAAGGAAAAAGCUUCACACACUUUGCAUUUCUAUCUAAAGUUUUACUGUGGGGUUUUUUAAUGCAGGUUGCUUGUCAUCUCUGAGUACAACCAUCUUAUUACAUUUCCCUCCUAGAAUGGCUUUAAAUGUCAUUGCAUGUCAGAAUCUCACCAGCGACAGCUGCUGCUGGCAUCUGAAGAUCCUCAGCAAUUCAUGGAUUAUUUUUCAGAGUGAGUUUGGCCAAUAUAUUGGCACUGUUUUUACCGCUGUUUGUUAAUUAUUGUUAUAUAUUAUAAUCAUACAAACACAUAUCGUGGAAUUCAGUGCAAUGCUAGGGAAAUCAUUUGGUCAGUGCAUGUUUUAUAGCUUGCCUCACAGAAUGAUUCCCCACCUUUACUUUCCCUGCAUGGUGUUCUGUUGUUCUGCAAUUUUUUGUAGAUUUGACCUGUAUCCAUAAUCUUUUAAAACACUUCCCAGAAAAAGAAAAACCUCUUAUAUACCAGGACAAAAAACAAGCAAGCAACACAACCUUUUCAGCUUGGUGAUUUGCACAUACAAAGAACUUUCAAUAUGUAGAUGGUUGUUGAAUGAGACUGGAGCAUAGUGGAGGCUUCCCCCAUGGGGAAUUGAUCUACCCUUAUGGGAUUGGGACCAAGUAAUCUUCCUGUUCAUGUGCCAGAAUUUCAGUAUAAUCAAGAGAUCAAAGUCGCAUCCUGCCUGUUGCCUAGGAAGAGUUCUAUGUUACCCAGAAGCUAGCAUAUUUGCACACAAAUGGAAGCAGUUAUCUUCAUAUCUAAUUUUGGUCAGACAUACAUUUGCUACAAUUGUCCCUUUUAUAUUUCCCUAGGGAAUUCCGGAAUGAUUUCUUAGAACUUCUCAGAAGACGAUUUGGUAAAUCACUUGGCUGGAACAGAACCACAUUUCUUAAAAUUCAAAGUGCUUUCUAUCUAACUUCAGACCUGUUAUUAAGAGCAUUUUUUUUCCUUCUAGGAACAAAGAGGGUCCACAAUAAUAUAGUAUAUAAUGAAUAUAUUAGUCACCGAGAACACAUCCAUAUGAAUGCUACCCAGUGGGAAACUCUGACGGAUUUUACCAAGUGGCUAGGGAGAGAAGGUAAUUCUGUUUUCUGUUUGUGAAUGGAUGGCUUCCAAAAAGGAAACCAAGAAAGAUCUAGGAAUUCUGGGGUUGAAAAUGUCUGAGAGCAUUAUCUUGCUGUUGCGAAUUAUUCUAUCUUUCAUUCAGUUGUUUCAAAUUCAUCUAAUCCAAAGGGACAGUGUCGUAUAAUGGAUAGUUGGGCACAGGCUUAAUCUUUCUUUUUUUUAAAAAGCAGCAACACGUUACUUGUACUUAAUGAUUGUGACAGUAUGUUUGAAAGUGUGCAAGUAAUGGCCUAGCCAUUACGAUGGGUCUCAAGCCCUCAGUGAGUUAGGGUUUUUCCCCACAGGCAAAUGCAGUGGUACCUCUACUUACAUUCACCUCUGGUUACGUAUCCUUCAGGAUAUGUACACGGCAAACCCGGAAUGUAUUAUUCCAGGUUUCGCCGCACACGCAUGAGCGCUCUACUGCACCGCAUGCAUGUGCAGAAGUGCUCCAUCACUGCAUGCGCAGAAGCAGUCCCUCCGGUUGCGGAAACCUCAGGAUCCGACCAGUGCUCUGGAAUGGAUCCCGUCCACAACCAGAGGUACCACUGUACAGGCUCUGGUGGAUUGAGCAGAUGAGACCAAUAGUGGGUCCAACAGUCAAGAAGGCGGUUUCUGCACAUGUUGGAGAAGGAAGUGAGGGGCAGAUGGGGCUCAUCAACCUGGGAAAGUCGCCCAUCUAGGAGCAGGAAAACUCUGAUCCUAAACCUCCACUGCCUUGUGAAAUAUCUUCAAGAGAAAUAACCCUACACAAAUCUGGAGCAGAGUCCCUAAGACAGUUGGAUGGCGCCUUGUAUCCCUCCUUCCGGCAACUCCUGCAGCCAAGCUGGUGCCAAAUGUCUUGCUCUGCUUUCCUUUGGACUACAUCAGCAAGGCCAAGAGGGGGAGUCUUGUCGUCUGGGCAGCUCAGGACCUCCAGACACACUGCCCAGGCUUGUGCCCUGGGGAGGUCACUUCGGUGUUGCUAACACAGUGGUUUGACUUCACACGGUUUGACCCUCUCUAGACAGGUGGAUUCAUAACCCUUGAAGGUUGGGCAGUGCUAGCUUGGGAUGAUGGGAACUGUAGUCCAAAACUCCUGGAGGGUCCCAUGUUGGGGAAGUCUGGUGCAUACACUUGUAACCAUCUUACAGUGCAGAUGGCCAGGUGUGGGAGAAGAGGGAAUUGAUUUGCAGCUGAAAGAAGGCUUAUGGGCCCUCUCUUGGGUUUGUAACUGGGAAGAGAUUUGAACUGGAGGUUUUUGGCUCAUUCCCUUAUUCCCCAGUACAGUACCCCAGCUCUCUUUAAUACAGCAACAGAGAUCUGAUAGCUUGUCAUGCCACAGCAUCAACCUGUGACUAAUUUUGUAUUGACUGAAAAAGAGCAUCUCAAUUCCUGGACGUACAUUGCUGUUUCUUGUUUCUGAACAACCAUAAGCAUUCUCUUGCUCUGUGUGUUCUUAAGGCUUCUGCAAAGUGGACGAAACUCCCAAAGGCUGGUACAUCCAAUAUAUCGACCGAGACCCCGAGACGAUCCGUAGGCAGCAAGAGCAGGAGAAGAAAAAGAAACAGGACCUGGAUGAUGAAGAGAAAACGGCCCGAUUCAUUGAAGAACAAGUCCGGAGAGGCUUGGAGGGGAAAGAGCAGGUCUGCAAAGGUCUUUUCCAUCAGAUUCGAAGUGCAAAGGUCAUUGGGUGUAACUAGAAUGCGCAAGGAGGCUGGUGCGGAAGGGGCGGAGCUAUUUUGCUAGCUUCCUAGCAUAGAUUGGUCUUCUUUCCGAGCACAAUUCAAAGUGUUGGUGUUGACCUUUAAAGCCCUAAACGGCCUCGGCCCAGUAUACCUGAAGGAGCGUCUCCACCCCCAUCGUUCUGCCUGGACGCUGAGGUCCAGCGCCGAGGGCCUUCUGGCGGUUCCCUCAUUGCGAGAAGCAAAGCUACAGGGAACCAGGCAGAGGGCCUUCUCGGUAGUGGCGCCCGCCCUGUGGAACCCCCUCCCAUCAGAUGUCAAAGCGAUAAAUAACUACCUGACAUUUAGAAGACAUCUUAAGGCAGCCCUGUUCAGGGAAGCUUUUAAUCUGUGAUAUUUUACUGUAUUUUUUGUUUCUAUGGAAGCCGCCCAGAGUGGCUGGGGAAACCCAGCCAGAUGGGCGGGGUACAAAUAAUAAAUUAUUAUUAUUAUUAUUAUUAUUAUUAUUAUUAUUUACCAGUAAGCAGCAGGAGUUGGCGUGGUGCAAACAUUUCAGCAGGGACACCAGCUUGGCUCUGUAGUGCAUUUUCAGCACAUCAACUUGCCUGCUGCUUUGCCUCCCUCUCUCUUGGUAAUAAUAAUAACAAUAAUAAUAAUAACAAUUUUUAUUUAUACCCCGCCCUCCCCAGCCAAGGCCAGGCUCAGGGCGGCUAACAAGCAAUAAUAAAAACAAGUUGAAUGAAUACAACUUAAAAACAAGAUUAAAAUACAACAAUUAAAAUAUUGAAACAUUAAAAUAUUAAAAUGCAGCCUCAUCACAGGAGGAGAAAGGAAAAAGAAAGAGGCAGAACAACUCUGUCUUACAGAACCUGCGGAAAGAAAUCAGAUCCUGCAGGGCCCUGGUCUCAUGAGGCAGAGCGUUCCACCAGGCCGGAGCCAGUGUUGAAAAGGCCCUGGCUCUGGUUGAAGCUAAUCUAACUUCCUUAGGGCCUGGGACCACUAGGGUGUUGCUAUUUAUGGACCUUGAAGCUCUCUGUGGGGCAUACCGGGAGAGGCGGUCCCGUAGGUACGAGGGUCCUAGGUAAGCAACAGUGACCCAGCUGCUGGGAGGGCAAGGCAGCCACAAGGCCGGUGAGCUGCAGACACACUGAUAGAGCCAAUCUAGUGCUCCUGACGGUGCCUUUGCACCUUGCUGACCUGCCUGCCACCUCCCUGCUCUCCUUCCCGAUGAACAACAGCGACCCACCUGCUGGGAAGCUAGCAUAGUUGCUCUGCUCCACUGGCAAGUGGUUCCUGCGUUGGUGGCAACAUCCACCAUCAUCCCUGUCUUCCCUUUCUUGAUUCCUAAUGCGUCCCUGACCUGUGACUUUCCCAGCUGCAGAUCUUGCCACUUUCAUCUGCCCCAAAGCCGCCUGUUCUCUAAAAGGGCUCCACUUAGUCCGUAGAGUCUUGCUUAACUUCCCUCCUUCAUCCUCGGUCACUGUUAAGUUUAAACUCCCAGAACUGCUCUGGCUUGUGUUCGUCAGUGGUGUGCUCAAGCCCUGAAGUUGCUCUGUUAUCCUCUCGCAGGGAGAACCGGUCUACACAGAACUGAACAGAGAAAACGAGGAGGAGAAAGGUAAAUGGAUAUGGAACCCUGUGAUCUCCCCAGGCAAGGCUUUUGCGGGAACCAAUUGGCAAGCCUGAGUUUGAACUCAUUGUUUGGAGAGCAUGAACUAAGAGGGAACAUCUUUUUUCCUUUUAUUUCAGUGGUCUUUAAUUUGUGCAAAGGAGCAAGCACUUCAACAGCGUCUCAUUCCAAAGCCAGGUCAGUGUGUUUCCAGUCUGCAUCUUUUGUUUCUCAUCUGCCCUUAUUCGGACGGUGAAUAUUUUGCCAGCCAGUAACUUUGUUCCAUGGGGUGCCCCCCAUUUCCUGACUUUUCUGCCUCUCCCUUCACACCUCAGAGAAAGGAGAACAACCUUUGGGAUUGUACUCCAAGCCUAGGAAUUGCUUCCCGGCGUGGCAAUCUUGCCAGCUUAUGCUUUCCUUAAAAAAAUCUGGAACAGGUGUCAGCCUUCAGCAUUGCACAGAACACGGGUCAGCGUUGGAAGGGUAGAAUUUCAAGACAUCUCCUGUCCAUCUCCCCGACUCUUUCCAUAACUUCAUUUCAUGUCCCUAUGGGCUCUUAACACCCUCCUACCUAAACCCAGUUGCACCAUCAGCAACCUUCGUUUUCUGAUCCUUGACCAGAAAUGGAAGGGGUGGUUUGAAAAUACAGGGAGAAAUUCAGCAUCGUGCUCUUGCGAUCAUUCAGCCCUGUUGUGCCAGCAAAAGCCCUUGUAUUGCCUUCUACUGCUACGUCUAUUGAAUCCAGACCAUAGAAUUGUAUCCAGUGCUAGCCAUACUCAGGGUAGUCCAAUUCAAUUACAGUGGUAUCUCGGGUUAAAUACGCUUCAUGUUACAUAAGCUUCAGGUUACAGACUCCGCUAACCCAGAAAUAGUGCUUCAGGUUAAGAACUUUGCUUCAGGAUGAGAACAGAAAUCGUGCUCCGGCGGCGCAGCAGCAGCGGGAGGCCCCAUUAGCUAAAGUGGUGCUUCAGAUUAAGAACAGUUUCAGGUUAAGAACGGACCUCUGGAACGAAUUAAGUACUUAACCUGAGGUGCCACUGUAAUGGGAAUAUCUCUGGAUACCUCUGGAUGUGAACGGGAUCUGUUCCGGAGCCCCAUUCGCAUCCUGAGCAGAACGCAACCUGCAUCUGCACGUGCGCGGGUCGCGAUUUGCCGCUUCUGUGCAUGCGCAUGAUGUUUUGAGCGUCAUUUUGAGCGUCUGCACAUGCACGGGCAGUGAAACCCGGAAGUAACCCAUUCCGUUAUUUCCGGGUCACCGCGGAGUGCAACCUGAAAACACUCAACCUGAAGCGACUUUAACCCAAGGUAUGACUGUACCUAACAUAGGCUCAUUGAUACCAGUAGGUCUGAGUAGAAUUCCAUUGAAUUCAACCCUUAUUCACUUGGGAACGGAAUAAACCGAGCAUGAUAGGCGGAGGUACAGAGCAGCAUUUAAUGUCCCAGCACAGGACUUGAGUUUCUCAGUGGCAGUGGGAUUGGCACUCUGCUGGGCCAAUCAAGCUGCUUCUUGGAGAGGGGGGUGGGCCCUUGCAGCCCCUGUUAAGUGUUAUGUUUCUCUGAGAAAGCUUGCAGUCUAAGGCUGCAGGCCUAGCCCCACUUACCUGAGAGUAAGCCUUGUUGAAUUCACAAGGACUUAGCUUCUGAGUAGACAGGGGUUAGGUUUGCAUUAUUCGUCUGCGUUCUCUUUUUUCAGCGCGCUUGGAUCCAGUGCACUGAAGGAGGCGGGAGCAGCACCCACAGUGAAGCGGAAAGAAAUGCCUCAGAAUUCAGAGAAAGAGAAGAGGAAGAAGAAGAAAACAGCCCUCGAUGAGAUCAUGGAGGUGCAGUGAGAUGAAAUUUGCAGAAUUAAGUUGCAAAUGCAAGAAAAAAAAUAGGGAACAAAGCAUGGAGAUCUGCAAGAAACAUAAAGCAGCCAUGCGGGGUUAAGAUUUUCAUCUGAAUAGCUUGGAAAAGUAAGAGGUUUACACUUCACACUAAUCUGUAUCAUGGCUUAGCACCAACCUGUGAGUUUCUAGAAAGGAGAUUACAGCUGCUUUGCAUUUUGCUGCUGCAUUUUGUUGAGCCAUGUUUGGUGCAUCGUUCAGAUUUGGGCUUCUGGUUUCGCCCUCUUGGACAAACCACAACCCAUAAACGUUAGGGCGGACCUAGAUGGCAGCCCAUCGUUGGUCUGGAGAGAGUUAACCCGGAGGAGCAAAGCAGUCCCUAUCUCUUCUCCCAGAGCCCAUUAAUUCACGCUUCUCACUAUAAUAAGAAGCCCCCUUUCUCAAAAACACCAGCUCUCUCUGCACCUUGAGUAAAAUGUGAUAGGACCACCGGGGGCAUUGCUGCAGGGAAAGUGUAUGGAAAAUAUAUUCCAGACUAUAGGUUUUUUAAAAAGUUCAGAUUCUCACGGUUGAAAUGUUGAGGGGUGGGCUGGGGGAAGCAUAUCCCUAUCAAGUGGGGUGUGGUCGCAUGUUGUUGGUGAUAAUCUUACCCCUCUGGAAGUCAUAAAAUCCAUUCUUUGGGGGCUGGUUAAUGCCCCUGUGAUUCUGGACAAAUCGAAACAACAGAGCAUGUGCUUCUCCAGUGUCUAUAUUAUAGAGACAUUUGUAUUAGCCUCAUCUCCCCACUACUCCAUAAGUAACCAGGGCUCAUAGGACAAUUCUAUAUUCCCCUGCUGCUUUCAGAUACCAGCUCUGCUAUAACAUAUAAUGUUGCCAGGUUCUGCAUAGCAGCACUCAAAAUUCGUUGGAUGAUGACCUGUGCCACAAACUGGAUUUAAUGAACACUCAUAUCAGAGUGAUUUGUAAAUUGAUAGCCAUAGGCUUUUAUAUACUAACCUUUUAUGCUCUUCGACAUCUGUUUAAUGCUCUUUUUUUUAAAUACAUUUUUAUUAAUUUUAACAUACAAAUUAUAAAACGUACCACACAAAUUAUGACAUCUGUUUAAUGCUCUUAACCCUUUUUAUAGAUUCUUUUAGCUGCUUUUAGAGUCUUAUAGGUUUUGUAUAUAUACCUUCUGUUUUAAUAAUUUUAGCUUUCCAAAACGUUUUACGUAAGGGACGCAGGUGGCGCUGUGGGUUAAACCACAGAGCCUAGGACUUGCUGAUCAGAAGGUCAGCGGUUCGAAUCCCCGUGACGGGGUGAGCUCCCAUUGCUCGGUCUCUGCUCCUGCCAACAUAGCAGUUUGAAAGCACGUCAAAGAGUCGGUCACGACUGGACCUAAUGGUCAUGGGUCCCUUUACCUUUUUCCAACGUUUUACAGAUUUUAAAUGAUUGCAACCCCCCCCCCCGCCGCUACUUAUGCUGAUCUAUGACCAUAAUAAAGAUGGAAGCAGCACACUUUAAACAUCAUCCUUCUUUUGAUCUUAAAUUUGAACCAGUUGUGUUUCCUUUCCUCUCUUAGUUUGAGGAAGAGAAGAAGAAAUCUUCCCGGACAGACCAUUGGCUGCAGCCUGUAAGUAUCCAAACGGGGACGUGGACCCUAUCAUUCAGCGUGCAAGCUGCAUUUUCACUUUCAGGCUGGUUCCAUCCAAACGAUACUCUUUGUGUCUGGACCAAACAAUGUGGAGUAUUGGAAGGGUAGCACUUUAUUUUUAAUCUGGGUUCAGAAUGAAUUUUUUAAAAGUCCACUUUCAAGCCCCAUAACUGCACGAUGCAUUUAAAGUAGCAUGAUGCCACUUUAAAGAGUCACGGCUUUCUUCAAAGUAUGCUGGGAAGUGUAGUUCUUUGAGGGUGCUGGGAGUGCUAGUUUUCUGUGUGCAUUAGGGAAGGGUGGACAAUGGGACAAGGCCAGACCAGCUGUGACCGCAGUCUGUGGCACAACAGUUAGCCAAAUAAACACGGCCUCUGAGUUGCAGCCUAGGUCCUCCUGCAGUGCCUCACAGGCAACAUCUGCUGAAAUCCAUGAGAAAUGAAAGGAGAGCAACCUACCUGAAUGUAUUUUGUCCUUUUAAAAUCUCUUUCCCUCCCCCCAUGAAUCAGAUGAAUUUGUUUUAAUUUGUAAUUUGAAUUGAACAAAUGGGGAAAAUUGCAUGUGGUGGUAAUAUGAAGGGAUUGAAGAAUGCUUUUGUUUUGAUUUAUUUUUUGUAUAAUUUUUAUUAGAUUUUUCUACUUUACAUUUUAGGAUAUUCAUUUGAACAACCUUAAAAUACCAAUGACUUCCCUUCUCCUUCCAUGGUUCAAUUUGCAUGCUGUAGAUCCCUGCAUAUUUUACAUAAACUAAACCAUUCGGUGUUCCAUUUUCACAUCCAUCAAACCUUUUUACACUGUUGAAUUUAUCUUAAUGCUGCCAACGUUUUCAAAUGUACACAGUUUUCACCCAUAUAUUCAUUACACAUUUUCCAAUCUUCUUUAAACAUAUAUUGUUCCUGUUCUCUUAUCCUAUAUGUUAAAUCUGCAAGCUGCGCAUAGUCCAUCAGUUUAAGUUGCCAUUCUUCUUUAGUUGGGACCUCACUUGUUUUCCAUUUGGGGGCUAACAAAACACGGGCCGCGGCAGUGGCAUACAUAAAUAGCCUUUCCUCCUCUCUCUUCUCUAGGAAAUUGUGGUCAAAAUUAUAACGAAGAAACUGGGUGAGAAAUACCACAAAAAGAAGGCAGUUGUCAAGGUGAGCCCGCCGGCCUUUUAUCUGUCAGCAGACAUGUUUGUUAUGGUUCAGGGGGGAGGUAUUUGGCGCGGUUGAAGCAGCUGUGCUGCGGGGCUCAGGGUUUUCCCAGACACUGAUCUGCAUCCCCACUGGGCUGCUGUGACAUUAGGCAGGGAUGGGGAACCUGUGCCCCCCCCCCCCAAUGUUGCUGCCAUCAUUCCUGGCCAAGCAAAUUGGUCUCUUAAGCUUAAGCCAAGAAAAAGUAUUGAAUAUCAAUAUACGUAUCAAGGCUUUGAGAUUAGACCACUGAAGAAGCCCGGAAAACUACCUUGGGAGUGUUCUACCUGCAAGCCCCAGUAAAAGGGCCUUCUCGGGGGUGAACAGCGGCCUCUUGAUUACUUGGACCGCCAGGGCGAAACAGGUGCAAAACGCCGGCACCCUGUCUAGAACUUCAUUAACAUCCAUCUACAACUUCACUAGCAUCUCUCAGUAUUGUGAACAACAUCAAACUUACCUUUUGUUGGUAUCUUCAUGAACUUACCUAAAAAGAUAGAGAAAACAAAAGACUGAAUUGAGCACUUGAAAAAUCCAUUGAAAUCAGACAUUAUAAGUUCAUCUUAGGUUGGGUAGUUCGUAAGUCUCUGUGACUUUGCAUAAGUGUUUGUAUUUUUCGCAGAAGAUUGAUAAAGAAUGCAUAAUCAUUUUGGUAAUUAUUGUGUGUAGAUUAGUCGCCAACGUGUUGCAUGAGUUGUACUACUUCUAUCAGCAGUAUUAGGGAUGCGGGUGGCGCUGUGGGUUAAAGCACAGAGCCUAGGACUUGCCAAUCAGAAGGUCGGCAGUUCGAAUCCCCGCAAUGGGGUGAGCUCCUGUUGCUCGGUCCCUGCUCCUGCCAACCUAGCAGUUCGAAAGCACGUCAAAGUGCAAGUAGAUAAAUAGGUACCACUCCGGCGGGAAGGUAAACGGCGUUUCUGUGUGCUGCUCUGGUUCGCCAGAAGCGGCUUUGUCAUGCUGGCCACAUGACCUGGAAGCUGUACGCCGGCUCCCUCGGCCAAUAAAGUGAGAUGAGCACCUCAACCCCAGAGUCAGCCACGACUGGACCUAAUGGUACAACUGGACCGCAACUCCAGAGUCAGCCACAACUGGACCCUUUACCUUUAUCAGCAGCACAGGUUGCAUUUUUCUAGCAUCAUUCCUGGCCAGGCUGGGAGAUGGAAGUCCAAUAGCCCUGGGUGUGCUGCAGGUUCCACAUUCAUGAAUCAGAGAGCCCCGGUAAAACCUGGCAUUGGACCUGCGAGGGCCGGGUUCAUAUCCAGUGCCUUUGGGAAAGCCAGGUGCCAUGGAAAAUUUAAGUGCCUUGGGAAAGUUGCACUGCUGAGUCCCAAGUUUCCCAUCUGACAUGGGAGAUCCACCGUUCCGUUCACCCACCUCACCCUGGCAACUGUUUCAUUGCCUCUAGAGCAGUAAUGUCCAAAGUCCGGCCCGGGGGCCAUUUGCAGCAAUGGAGAGGAGAGUGCUUUUAAGGAGAGAGGGAAGAAAAAGGGACAGACACACACACACACACACACACACACACACUCUUCCUUUAACAUUUAUUUGCUAGUCAAAACUCAUCAAGAGGUUUGUGCCAACUUGGUGUUACGUUCCUGUUCAUAUUUUUUGAACUUAAAAGUUGACAGACAACCUUUAUUACCAAUAAUAUGUAAUGUACUUUACAAUGUUCCUGACGUAUAUUUCAGUUUCCUGGAUUUUUCCCCAUCUGGCCUUCAGAUAUGAAAGGCAGAGUGAUUUCACACCUGUUUAGAUUUGUCAUCCAUGUGACAAAAUGGAAAUUAAUGCCGUUUGCAAUUAACUUUGCAUGAAAUAGUUAAUUUGCAUUUCAUUUCAACAGUUCAAAGAACGUCAGGCAAAAUGGUCGGCCCUCACGCACGUUCACUUCAUCAAAUCUGGCCCUCUUUGAAAAACGUUUUGGACACCCCUGCUCUAGAGAAAGGGCCUUUUCUGCAGUGGCUCCUCAUUUGUGGAAUGCUGUUCCCAGAGAGGCUCGCUUGGCGCCAUCACUACAUGUCUUUAGGCAGCAGGUGGAAACAAUCCUCUUUACCCAGGCCUUUAGCCAUUAAAUAAUCUAUAGCCCAUUAUAUUUGUGUGAGGGGACUGUUAUGAUUAUUUUAUUAUUAUGCUGUGUAUUAUGUUUUUACUAUUAUGCUGUGUAAAUUAUGUUCUUAGUGUUCUACACUGCCCUGGGAUCUUUGGUUAAAGGAUGGUAUAUAAAUUGAAAUAAUAAUAAUAAUAAUAAUAAUGUGCAUUAAUAUUAUAGGAAGUAAUUGACAAAUACACAGCAGUUGUCAAGGUGAUUGACUCUGGAGAUAAACUGAAGCUUGACCAAACGCAUCUGGAGACGGUGAUCCCAGCACCAGGUAAGCUGUCUCGCCAGACCAAUAAGAGAAGACUUUGUUGGAUCAGGCCCAUCUAGUACCAACCAGAUGAAAGCAGGAUCUGAGCACAGUUUUUGCCUCCCAGGCUGCCUCUGGCACGGGAGAUAGAGCCUGGCCAGAAUGCCUAGUAGCCACCAACUUGAGAUUUCCAUUUCCCAUCCCCCACACCAGGCUUCCUCAACCUCUGCCCUCCAGAUGUUUUUGGCCUACAACUCCCAUGAUCCCUAGCUAGCAGGACCAGUGGUCGGGGAUGAUGGGAAUUGUAGUCUCAAAAUAUCUGGAGGGCCAAGGUGCUUUCUGUUGAAUCCAACCACUUUAAAGCCCAGGUGGAGUGAUACUAGAUUGAAAGUUAGGCUAUCAGUUAACCCUUAAUUUAAAAUUGUAGCAGAGGGGGGAAAUCUGUUUAUGAAGUCAGUUGACAGACUUUCAUAGACUAGAUUAACACUGUUAAAACCGUGUUUAUGGAAGACAAUCUUACUCGGCUACGAGUGAUCGCCAGAGAAGAAGGUUGUUUGUUUGUGAUUGGCUGUGGUGGACUUUGUUUUCGUGUGUGAGUGGGUGUUUUUUGGUGGGUGUUUUUGAAUCAGGUUAGCCAUAUUGAUUCGUAUGCUGUUGGUGGAUUCUUGUCGUUGUCUUGUUGGGCUGUGGAUGUGAUAAAGGGGAGCCAUACCGGGCUGAAGGCAUCUUCUUCCAUUUGUCCCCGUGUCAGUUUCAGUUUGUUGGUUAGUUUUUCUAAUAAGGCUGUUUCCCAUACUAGUUGGUACCAUUGGUCCAUGUUUACUCCCGAUCAAAUCCCACAUUCUCAACCUCCCCAAUGCCAGAAGGCAGCAAUGAAAUUGGGAAAUAGAGCUCUGUGAGCUCAGGCGACAGAGUAAUGUUUUGCAUGCAGAAGAAUCCAGUUACCAGUGUCUGUGCAUUCAGAAAAGACAGCAUUAAGUUAGGCUAACCCAGGGUUUCACUCGAUCUAAAGCAGAUUCACAUGUGUUCAUGUUUCAGGCAAAAAGGUGCUGGUUCUAAAUGGGGGCUAUAGAGGAAAUGAAGCUACCUUAGAGAGCAUCCAUGAGAAAAAGUUUUCGGCAACGAUACUCAUUGAAACUGUAAGUAUCUUUUCACCCCUGCUGUCCCAUGGUGUGCUGUUUGGAACGUUAACAAGGCAGUCCUGUGCUUACUCAGAAGUAAGCCCUACUGUGUCCAGAGGGUCUUACUCCCAGGUAAAUAUUGCACAGGACUGCUGCCGAAGCCUCAUUUUGGGUAUUUUGGCACCAUAAAUGAAAUAUUAAAAUAUUCCCCAACCCAAAAUGCACCCCCCCCUUAGAACAGAGCUCUUGAUCAAUCUUCUCACUAAUCCUGCAUAACGCUUUGCCAAGUCCCAGCCUAACCUGUGCGUUUUCCCAAAGCUUGGCAAACUCCUAACAUUUCAGCUUCUAUUUACUGCUAAUGUCGUUUUAAGAUUUCUGUGUCAUCAGUACUGUUUGCCUAAUGAACGAAAGAAUCUCUCUCCUUGCCUGUUUUUCUAUCCUAUUUUUCCUUUUCUGGUCACUUUAGUUUUGUGAGCUUUCCUCUUGAGUAAACAGUACAGUUUGGCAGGGAUGGAGAGAUUAUGAAAAGAGCUCUGCUGGCUCAGACCAAAUUCCCAUCUAGCCUAGCAAUCCUAUUCAGCAUCAUUUGCAACUGAUCACAAGGGUGGUAUACUAACAGCCUUAUCCAGCAUUGUUUUUUCUGAUCCACUUUUAAAGCCGCCCAGGUCAGUGACCAUCACCAAAUUUUGUGGGAGAAAAUUCCAUAGUUCAGCUGUCUGCUGCAUGGAGAAGUAUUUCUUCUUCUUUGCCCUGAAUCUCCCACUAUUCACCUCCGCUUUCUCUAUACCAUGCAGAAUUUCAUAUCCUUCUCUCAUUUCCCCCCUUACUCACCUUUUAUCUUCAAAUUAAAGGUAAAGGGACCCCUGACCAUUAGGUCCAGUCGUGACUAACUGUGGGGUUGUGGCGCUCAUCUCGCUUUAUUGGCCAGGGGAGCCGGCGUACAGCUUCCGGGUCAUGUGGCCAGCAUGACUAAGCCGCUUCUGGUGAACCAGAGCAGUGCACGGAAACGCCGUUUACCUUCCUGCCAGAGCGAUACCUAUUUAUCUACUUGCACUUUGACGUGCUUUCGAACUGCUAGGUUGGCAGGAGCAGGGACCAAGCAACGGGAGCUCACCCCGUUGCAGGGAUUCAAACCGCCGACCUUCUGAUCGGCAAGUCCUAAGCUCUGUGGUUUAACCCACUGCGCCACCCGCAUCCCUUAUCUUCAAAUUAGGAAGCCCCAAAUGUCCUAACAUUUCCACAUAAGCAGGUCCCUCUAGCAACUGACUGACUGAAGGUUUCCUUUUGCCUGACUUCCCUUCCCAGGGACCUCUGAAAGGACGUAAAGUUGAAGGCAUCCCCUAUGAAGACAUUUCCAAGUUGGCCUGAGAUGAUUGGAAGAGCAGACGGACCGGGAGGUACCCCACCUAAGGAUGCCUUGAUGCACUCAACUCCACUGUGUCGGAGUUUUAGAACUUGUAUUUUAAAAAACCAGAAUUUUAUUUUAUUUUUAUGUAAUGAACCGAUGAUUUUUUGUGCCUAAAUCCCUUACACAUCAAAAUUCUGCAACAGUGUAAUAUUUAAUUUCAACUUGUCCAGUGCAUCUGAUGGGAAGCAGUCAUUCCAUUAAGCCCUCUCUAUAAUCUGCUGCCAGCUAUAAACAGUUGCAGCUUUCCAGUUGCCUUGUAGAAUUAUUGGAAGUCAACAAACAAGGAGUGAUUCAUCUGCCAAAUGGGGUUAAAGGUCAUGGGUGCAGAUUUUGGCCUGCCUGGGAAGGGCUGGACUUAUUUAUGUACCGUUUGUGAAAUAUGAUAUCAAGGUAAAUGACCCAUCUCGUCUGUUCUCGAGCUGUCGCCCAUGAAUAGUUGAGUUAGAAGAGGAAGCAGUUCUCCGAUGGUUUGCUUCCUCUUCUUUGCUUGCCCUGCCAGCCAGCUCAGUUUGUGGCUAAGCCCAAACCCCAUUUCAUUCUCCCAGCUAAGGGCGGUCUAGGAAAGAGGCAAUUUUCAGGUGCUGGCCCAGUCCUCGCUUCAGUUUUUGUCGUGUUCCCCCAUCACCACCCUAAUGUGAUUAAUGAAAGUACACUUGGCAGGCAACCCUGUGUUAGUCAGGUUAUGGCAAAGAAUACCCCAUGGGAGAGUCUGCCUAGGAUCCAAGGACAGUGGUACCUCGGUUUACGAACUUAAUCUGUUCCUGAAGUCCGUUCUUAAACCAAAUCCAUUCUUAAAUGGAGGCGCGCUUUCCCUAAUGAGACCUCCCGCCACCGGUGCCCUUCCACUGUUCGGCUUCCGUUUGUAGACCGAGGUAAAGUUCACACACUGGAACACUACUUCCGGUUUUGCGGAGUUCGUAAACUGAAUAGUUCGUAAACAGGGCUGUUCGUAAACUGAGGUAGCACUGUAGUUAAACACACGGGGUCCAUGCUUGUCGCCGUUUCAUGAGCUUUUACCCGAUUUCCUUUUCUACAGCCCCUCGUCCUGCUGCAACAUUGGCUCCUAAGCAGUCUCUCAGCUGUUUGGAGGUCUUGAGGAGUAGCUGGGAGACAUCCUCGAAAGCUCCCCCAGAAGGGGCACCCCAUAGCCGUUUGGAUCCUCUCGUCUGAACCCCAACCCCAUCCUUGGACGAAAUGGGUGGUGUGACACCGGUGACACAGACGUUUAUUUUUGGGAAAUAGGGAAUACGGCAGACCAUCUCCAUGCUGUUUUCUGCAUCUAGCCCUCCACCCUCCCUUCAAAAUGCUCUUCCAUCACCUCCAGUAGUUUUGUAAAAAAUGUAUAAUGACUUGUACAGUGAUUUUUUUUAUGGCUGUUUAAAAAUAAAAGAGAAUAUUUGACAGUG